CGAAAACCAGAUUGGCAUCGAUCGAUUUGAGUGGUAGAUCUAAUAUCUGAUCUAAUAUCUAAUAUCUCUCUUUCCACGUUGUCGACUACCGACGUAUUUCCGUCGUGUACUGAGUGAAAGAUAAGCUUCUUGGAUGACACUUCAUUAUGGUGACAUAAAACAGUUUGGUGACAAACAAGCUCUCUUACAACGAUGAAAGAUGACAGGAUGCGCACCACAAUGCUGAAUAAACGGAAUUGUUUCAUUCUGUGUAUUUUAGUCACAAUUAUUAUCGGGUAUAUGUGGUUUUACCCAUCAUGCCAUGGUCUCAAAACAGCGACCUCCAUCACAGCGGACGAAGUGUACUCCGUGUGGCCGCAGUUCACAGCAGACACAGUGUUCACGGAGAAAUAUUUUGAUGAACGCUGCUUCCGUAUGACAGAUAUGUCAAUUGGCAAAUUGGAUUUCUUUGUGAAGGAAUGGGGAAUGUCUUCAAAGACUGAAUGCAGAGAUCUCUACCAACGCUUUACAGCUAUGUUUUCUGUGUCCAAGAGACCAGCGCCAGUUAUCUUGCCCAAACCAUUCCAAGCCAAGGUGAAGAACUGGCUAGGUGACAGUGAAGAGUUAUUUCAGCAGGUUUAUAAGCAGGAAGUGACUCAUGUUUUCAACCGGAUUACUCGGGAGUACACCAUCUUCAACCCUCUGAGGGACAAACGACCGAUGAAAACACCUGCUGAGCCGGAGAGACAAUAUGUAGAAAGACUGGUUGUCAACAGUAGGGAAUCCUGCGAUUUCUGCAAUUAUAAAAAUUUCACGGCAGAGCAUGAGACACACCGCCUCGAGUCUUCCAUGUCCUACACAGCAUCAAACACCUUCAAGAUGGAGAAGUGGCACGCCCUGUUCAUGUUUAAAAAACAUCACCCUCUCAACUGGAACAGGGCUGAGUUCAUGGAUCUCAUGAAACUCUCACAAGAGUGGUUCAAGGUCGCCCUCAAACGAGACCCCGUCGCUCAGUACCCCCAGAUGGUGUGGGACAUGUUCCCCCAUGCCGGCGCCAGCCAGAUACACCCCCAUGUACAUGGAUUCCUCACCCCACACAUGUACCACGGUGUGGUGGAAGCCGCGGAACCCGAUUCCAGUGAUGUUCCCAGUUUCACGGCAGAGCAUGAGACACACCGCCUCGAGUCUUCCAUGUCCUACACAGCAUCAAACACCUUCAAGAUGGAGAAGUGGCACGCCCUGUUCAUGUUUAAAAAACAUCACCCUCUCAACUGGAACAGGGCUGAGUUCAUGGAUCUCAUGAAACUCUCACAAGAGUGGUUCAAGGUCGCCCACAAACGAGACCCCGUCGCUCAGUACCCCCAGAUGGUGUGGGACAUGUUCCCCCAUGCCGGCGCCAGCCAGAUACACCCCCAUGUACAUGGAUUCCUCACCCCACACAUGUACCACGGUGUGGUGGAAGCGUGGAGGGAAGGAGCGGAGGAGUACUACCGCAGGUUCAACCACAACUACUUCACAGACCUCGUCUCCGUCUACAGUGCGAUGGGGCUGUCAGUCCGACAUGGGGAAGCUGUGGCCGUUGCGAGUAUAGCUCCAAAGAAGGACCAUGAAGUGAUCAUCUUUAGCCCCACAUCUGGGGAGAGCUUCUUCCAGCUUAUCUACUAUACACUUCGAGCCUUCAUUGAUGAUAUAGACAAGCUCUGCUUCAGUAUGGGUAUUGGGCUCCCCCCUUUGGGUUCUGAUGCAGGUGCGAUUCCAGCGUAUGCUCGUGUCGUGACUCGGGGCGCUGUGGCAGAUGUCAGGACAGACAUGAGCUCCCUCGAGCUGUUCGCUGGUACAAACGUAAAUAUUGAUCCCUAUAAGGUGAUCAAACUGGUUCGUUCCUCCAUCAAGCAUCGCCAUUCUGGAUAGGGCAUCAUAGAUGUAUGGGCGUGACAAUCCUGGUUGCUGCUAGCAGUGCAUCAUGGGAUAUAUGUGGUGUCUCUAUCAAUGAUAGUGCUAGCAGUGCAUCGUGGGAUAUAUGUGGUGUCUCUAUCAAUGAUGGUGCUAGCAGUGCAUCAUGGGAUAUAUGUGGUGUCACUAUCAAUGAUGGUGCAAGCAGAGCAUCAUGGGAUAUGUGUGCUUUCACUAUCAAUGAUGGUGCUAGCAGUGCAUCGUGGGAUAUAUGUGGUGUCACUAUGCGGGAUAGUGCAAAUUGUAGAAAA